AUGGUUGUCGACACGGUCUACUACGAUGCGCUGGGCGUUCAGCCCACCGCGACCGAGCUCGAGAUAAAAAAGGCCUACCGCAAGAUGGCUAUUCUCCACCACCCAGACAAGAACCCCAACGACCCGACCGCUCACGAGAAGUUCCAGGCCAUCGGUGAGGCGUACCAGGUACUUUCCGACAAGGACCUCCGUGCCGCCUAUGAUAAGUUUGGCAAAGACCAUGCGAAGCCACAAGAAGGGUUCGCCGACCCGGCCGAGUUCUUCUCGUCUAUUUUCGGCGGCGAGGCCUUUGUCGACUGGAUCGGUGAGAUCAGCCUCAUGAAGGAUCUGACUGCCACCAUGGAUAUCACUAUGCAAGAGGAGCAGGCUGCAGCAGAGGCUGCCGAAGCUGAGCAGGCCGCGAGCGCAGCCGAGGGCACUAGUAAAGACGAGGCCGACUUUCCCGGCACUGAUGAAGCUAUAAAGGAGUCUAUGAAGGACCAAACAGCAGCCGCCGCCGCCGCACCCCCACCUACCGUCGUCGUUGAGGAAGAAAAAACGCCUUCCAACGCCACCCCAAGUGUUGCAGCCGCCCCAAGUGUUGCUGCCGCUCCGGGUGUCGCCGCCGCCCCGGGUGUCGCCGCCGCCCCGGGUGCCACCACCAAUCCUGCCCCUCCCCGCUCUGAUGCGACAUCGCCGGCUCCCUCGACCGGCUCUCACAGCCGCACACAAAUCCCCUUGCGCCCUGCGCUGGCCGACAAGGCAUAUGAUGCUAGCUCUGCAAACGCCGCCUCCCUUUCCGCCGAAGACGCCAAGAAGGAUAAGAAAAAGUCGGGUCUGUCCAAGGAACAACGCGAGCAGUUGGCCGCUUUCGAAAAAGAGCGCGCGCGCGUUCGCCAGGAGCGCGUCGACAACUUGGUUCAGAAGCUGCAGGACCGCGUGAGCGUAUGGACCGAGACGGACAAGGGCGACGACGUGACCCGAGCUUUUCAGGAAAAGAUGCGUCUCGAGGUGGAAAAUCUCAAGAUGGAGUCGUUUGGAAUUGACAUUCUGCACGCUAUCGGUCAGACGUACGUCUCCAAAGCCUCGGCCCUGCUGCGCAGCCAAAAGUUCCUCGGCUUCGGCGGCUUCUUUGGCCGUCUCCGCGACAAGGGCACGCUGGUCAAGGAGACGUGGAACACCAUCAGUAGCGCCAUCGACGCCCAGCAGACCAUGGAGGACAUGGCCCGCAUGGAGGAAAAGGGCGGCGAGGAUUGGACCGACGAGAAGCGCAGCGAGUACGAGCGCCGCGUGACGGGCAAAAUUCUCGCCGCUGCCUGGCGCGGCAGCAAGUGGGAGAUUCAGAGCGUCCUGCGUGAGGUCUGCGAUAGUCUCCUGAACGAUAAGAAAGUUCCGCUGUCCAAGCGCCUGGAGCGAGCCCACGCCCUGAUUCUUAUUGGUGACAUCUUCAAUAAGGCUCAACGAUCUCCUGAAGAAGAAGGCGACUACCUCGUGUUUGAGCAGCUCGUCGCCGAAGCCGCCAAGAAAAAGGAAGACGAACAUAAGCACAAGAGGGACAAGAAGGCCAAGGAAAAGUCUGCCGGUACCGCCGGGGAUGUUCCGAAUGUACCCAAGGCGUAA